GAUGCAUCAUUCAGCGUCCGCUCCUUACGAUGAACAGUCAUCGUGCUGUUUCCACGAAAACCGCCGUUUUGCUCGGCUGGAUCACAUUCAUUCUAAGUCACGUUCCACAGUCAGCAUCUAUCACGUGUGGCAAGGACUCAGUGAACGUGGAAAACCAGCUCAAACAGUCACUUCUUUGCAAUGGCUACCGAUCGGAGGCACGCCCAAGGAAGGACCCAUCCCAAACGGUCAUCCUGACGGUCGCCUUCUUCGUGAUGAGCUACGAGUUUGACGAAGAUGACGAUCUGCUAGAGCUGAACGUGUGGUUCAAUCUGGAAUGGAAUGAUGAGUUUCUCGUCUGGAACCGAACGAAAUGGAAUGGUAUUGAGCGGAUGGCGAUCAACUCCGAUGACAUCUGGCUUCCGGAUUUUCGACACUUUUCAUCAUAUUACAAUCCCGAAGAGCUGCCAGACUGUACGAAUCCUGCCUGUUCGGUGGCCUGGAACGGAUCGGUGUACUGUGUGCCAAGGUGCAAUAUGAACGCCAAGUGUUCGGUUUCAUACAAUCGAUGGCCGUUUGAUGUGCAUCAGUGUAAUCUGUGGUACGGCACCUGGGUGAACUCACUAAACGAAGUCGAUAUGCACACAGAAGAGCUCUGUCUGCAAACGGAGCCAAGUUUUUCCAGUCCAAGUUGGAGUAUCGUAUCGCUGGAGAAAAACCGAGCAGUAGUAAAAUCGAGCGACGAGUACCAGUACACCAUUCUAAAAAUGGAUCUGAUGCUGAAACGAAAAAACAGGUUCGAAACAGUAGCCAUGUUGUGUCCUAUAAUGGUGCUUGCAUUCUUAAAUCUCUACAUCGUGUGGUUACGAUCAAGCUGCAUCGAAAGGAAGUUGCUGUUGACUCUCUCCAUGACGUGCCACUUUGGAUUUCUUCAGCAGAUCCAGUGGGUGCUGCCCUACAACCGAGACACAGUUCCGGGAUUGCUGGUAUUCCUGCAGAGUUCAGUUAUCAUCACUGGGUUACUAGUAUUCGUGACACUAUUGAAUUGUUGGACUCGAGAUGUACUCAGCCGCGAAUCCACUCCCAAUGAUAGCUGGUUUGGUCGAUUCAUGGGGCAAUUCUCCCAAAAUCGCGUCGCGGAAUUGAUUCUAGCGGCUGACUAUUUGGAACUUAGUUACCAGGUAACAAAAGACGAAAGCAAUCAUCAUGGGUUGCAGAUCGCUAAGCUGUUUGAUCGCGUGAUUGCAAUCGCGUGUUUGGUGAUUUACGUUGUACUGCUGUUCGUAUACAUUCCUUUCGGGUACCAGCAUUUAUCAUCUAAUGGUAUAAAAUGUAUGUUUUCGUUUGCACCAUAAAAGGGCCUACAGACCGGUU